UAUCACGACAUAGUGGGUGUAUCCGUAUUCGUCUUCCGCCUAUAAAAACGGAGUCCUUAUUUCACUGUAAAAUUCUCGCUUUCUCCUCGGUCCCGUCCAGAAUCUGAAUUGCAACGUGUAGGAGGAUCUCUGAGGGAUUUGGUGAAUCAUGGCAUCCAAACGGAUUCUCAAAGAGCUCAAGGAUCUCCAGAAAGAUCCUCCUACCUCUUGCAGCGCUGGCCCAGUUGCUGAAGACAUGUUUCAUUGGCAAGCAACAAUAAUGGGUCCACCUGACAGCCCUUAUGCUGGCGGAGUGUUUCUUGUUACCAUUCAUUUUCCACCUGACUAUCCAUUUAAGCCACCGAAGGUAUUAUAUUUGUGUUGUGUAUUUGUUGAUGACACUUGACAAGUUGCUUGUUUGUUUGCUUAUUAACAUGGUAUAACAUGAGAUUUUUGAAUUUUCGAUAGCUUAUUUUGCAGAAUCGAAUUUGCUUGUCAUUUUCUAGGCUUGUAAUUUUACUGUAUCAACUGGAUUGAAAUGUCUUUGUUCA